AUGACGCCUGAUGAGGAAGCAGGAGAGACACCGUGCAAAAUUGACGUGGAAUAUGAGUGGAUACCUCCCAAAUGUACUAGUUGUAUGAUGCUAGGCCAUGCGGCCAAGGAUUGUACUCUCAAUAAACCAUCCAAACCAAUUAAACCACCAGUCACUGUUUACGUCCCUAAAACGGGACUUGGGAGGCUGCCACCAGUUCAUGAUCAGGAGAUAAUACCACCCACCCGAGGGGUGGAUAAGCAGAGAGAUAGGCGUGAAUCUCCUAGUGGUGGUGCCGUGAGGUCGAGUCAGGAGGAUAAGGCAAUAUGGAAUGUACGUGGCCUGAACAAACGCGACCAUCAGUUAGCAGUCCAAGACAUCGUUGAUGAAUUCAGGUUACAAUUUAUUGGACUUCUUGAAACUCGAGUUCGUGGAAAUAAUGCAUCUCUAUUUCAAUCUAUCUUGCUGCCCCAAUGGAAAUGGUUUACGGAUUAUGGAUCGUCGGGUAAUCGAGUUUGGAUUGCCUGGGACGAUAAUUUUGUUGAUGUUGAUGUGGUUGAAUGUGGUACUCAAUUUAUCCACUGUCAUGUUGCUACUCGUGCACCUCAUGAGUUGAUUGUUGUCACUGUUGUUUAUGGAGCUAAUGAAGUGGCUGAAAGAAGGGCGCUUUGGGGAACCCUGGAGACUAAAGCUACCCAAUGUAUCGACAUCCCAUGGUUGGUUGGAGGGGACUUUAAUGCAGUGCGAGAUCUAAGUGAAGUGUGUGGCACUUCCCGAGAUAUUAAAAUAGCUAUGGACGAUUUUAAUGCUUGUAUUGAGAAUGCAGGAUUACUCCCACUACCCAUGCAAGGUGAAUGGCUCACGUGGCAUAACCGCAGCGCGACACCACGGAACCUGUGGAAAAGACUGGACCGUAUGAUGAUAAAUGAUAGAUGGAUGGCUCGGUUCCCGAAUGCAUCUUAUUCUACCCUCACCCCACGCACCUCAGACCACUCACCGAUGGUGCUUCAUGGGGAUAGACAACAGCGAUUUGGAGGUAUGUUCCGAUUCAAUAAUUACCUCGUCCAUUCACCUGAGUUUAUUGCCAGUGUGAAGAAUAUAUGGCAGCACAACAUUAUUGGAACACCUAUGUAUUCUGUAACACGGAAGCUCAAAGCACUGAAAUCAGUCUUUAGAGAACAACGGAGGAAUAAGGGUGACCUAUCGCACAAUGUGCAACUGGCUAAAGGAUUUCUAGAAGCAGCACAAAUACUUGUUAGCUCGAGUAGACGAGACGAACUAUACAUACAACUGGAACACUACUGCCGGCUUGUCUUGACCAAGGCAGCCAAAAUGGAACAAACAAUGCUACAACGAGCGAAAAUGCAGUGGAUGAAAGGAGGUGGGGAAAGACGACAAACUGUGAUAGAUCUUCGAUUCCUCCAACCUUGGGCUCGACAUGUAUUGACUGUGGAAGAAGCUAGCUCUUUACUAUUACCAGUUACACAAGCGGAUGUCAAACAGGAGGUUUUUGACAUUGGAGAGGAUAAGGCACCAGGUCCGGAUGGGUAUUCAUCGGGCUUUUUCAAGGCUGCAUGGCCUAUAGUAGGGCAGGAGAUCAUAGUCCAACGGUUAAGUGUGAUACUGGACAAACUUAUUAGUCCGGGGCAAGCGGCGUUUGUACAUGGAAGAAGCAUUGGCGAUAAUAUUAUGCUGGCACAGGAGCUCUUUACUGGAUACAACCAGUCCCGUCUACCACCCAAGUGUGCCUUAAAGUGGACAUUCGGAAAGCUUAUGAUACGGUGGAAUGGGACUUCAUGA